AUGGCCACUUCUUCAGACGACAUGUUACCACCUGCCACUGACUUUGACGACUCGCCUGUUUGGAUCAAUGACCCUGAAUUCCGUCAGCCUCGCUUCGAGGGCGAUCCACGAUGUCGUCGUGGCGUCAUGGCCCGACUCAAAGCGCUUCUGACGUUAACAGAGGGACACAGACCGUGCCGAUGGGGAUUUGCCAUUGUGCGCACCGCUUAUGGGCCUGGCUCUGAUGAGCAUACAAUGCUUGACCAUAUUCCCGUCGAGGUUGACAUGCGUCCAAACGAGGAGUUUUUGCGCCGCUUCGAGAAUGAUAUCCUUGAAGACAAAGAGGCCCUGGACAAUGCUUCGUUGGCCACAGUUUGCGCCUAUUUCAAGAAGUGGAUUUCGUCUAAGAACGGCACUGCCCUCAUUGGCGAUAUGCGAUUUGCUGCUUGCAUUAUGCUCGACGCCGAUACUUUGGAUCAGCUCGCCGCUGCGCCUGAGGGGUUUCCACGGGACACCCAGGAAGGAUAUCGAUCGUCGUACUGGCUCAAGCUGGUUGAAGCCGAACCAAAUCCGGACGAGGCUGUCCGUGUUCGAGUGUACGGCCAUGAUGACCUGAUGAAAUACUGGUUCGAUCACAAAUUCCGCCAGCGCCCGAUGACGGAAAUGACUCACAGGCAAGAUCGCGAGAAUCCAGGAGUACUCUACUUUGGUAGAGCCCGGCUAGGUAUGAUGAUGCCAACGAUGGGUCUUCAAGGUUGGUGA